AAAGAAAGGGAAAUCGACAGCCAAUUUGGGCAUCGAGCAGUGCAAUAACGAGCGUUCUCAUAGCGGGAGAUCAUGUCGGUUUGCUCUUCUUCCUCUUCGUCGUCAUCCGGGUACCUGGGCGGUGCCAAGGCCUGGAUUGUUCAUGGCGUUGUUGCUGGAAUCGCCAUUGGCGCCGCCGUCGGAGCUCGAGCUUAUCUGGGUCGAUCCAAGAAAUUUCGUAGCCGCGUCGUUGGCAUCAUUCCCGCCCGCUUCGCCUCUUCACGCUUCGAGGGGAAGCCUCUUGUUGAGAUUCUCGGAAAACCCAUGAUCCAGAGAACAUGGGAAAGGGCAAAAAUGGCUACUACAUUGGAUUGUGUUGUUGUAGCAACCGAUGAUGCAAAGAUUGAACAAUGCUGUAAAGGGUUUGGUGCGGAUGUUGUAAUGACAUCAGAGUCUUGCAGGAAUGGAACUGAACGCUGUAAUGAAGCACUUCAGAAGCUCGAGAAGAAAUACGACAUUGUUGUAAACAUUCAAGGGGAUGAGCCCCUUAUUGAACCGGAGAUCAUCGAUGGUGUUGUUAAAGCUCUGCAGGCUGCUCCGGAUGCAGUGUUUAGCACUGCUGUGACAUCCUUAAAACCCGAAGACGCAUUUGAUCCGAAUCGAGUGAAGUGCGUAGUGGAUAAUCAUGGAUAUGCUAUUUAUUUUUCAAGAGGAUUAAUCCCUUUUAACAAGUCAGGAAAGGUCAAUCUUCAAUUUCCCUAUUUGCUUCAUCUUGGAAUUCAGAGCUUUGAUUCAAAGUUUUUGAGGAUAUAUCCUGAACUCCAACCCACGCUGUUGCAACUAGAAGAGGAUCUAGAGCAGCUAAAAGUAUUAGAACAUGGCUACAAAAUGAAGGUGAUAAAGGUUGACCAUGAGGCUCAUGGUGUUGAUGUUCCUGAAGAUGUAGACAAGAUUGAAUCUUUUAUGAAGGAGAGGAACAUAACUUAGUUACCGAAGAAAGUUGUAAGGUUUCGUUUGAUAACGAUUUUUGUUUUGGUUUUUUUUUUUGUAUUUGUAUGGGAGUUGAAAAAGAUGUUUGCUGUUAUUUUGUAGAGUUGAAGUAAUUUUUUGCAUGAUAUUUUCUCUCUUCAAAGCCAUGUUUUAACUUCUUUGUUUA